ACUAUGUAUGUUUACCAUCUUUUUCCCCACACAAUUAUUACACACACACAUUCUCAAAUAGUGUCUGCAUAAUUCCCACACCUUUUAUAAAUUACAACUCUUGCCACUCAAAGUAGCAUCAUCAAGAACUCAAAAAAGAUAAAUCAAGAAUCAAUGGCUACUUCAUCAGCAUCCGCCAUUUUCAAGGCCAGUCGUCUUUCUACUUCUUCCGCUAAACUACCACCGUCCACCACCGCCGCCGCCGCCGUCGCCCAGAAACUGCUUUCUUUCCGACCACUCAUCAAAAACCCUCUCAUUCCUCAACCUCUUAAAUUCUCCGCCGCUCAAAGAUCUCAUUUCUCCUGCAAGAGCGCCCAGAUCACCGACCCAUCAGACACAAGAUCCUCUAAAAUUCAAGAACUGAAUGUAUAUGAAAUCAACGAGCGUGAUCGUGGCAGCCCGGCUUAUCUCCGGUUGAGCCAGAAAACCGUCAAUUCCCUCGGCGAUCUUGUCCCUUUCAGCAAUAAGGUGUACACAGGGGACAUGAAGAAAAGGGCCGGAAUAACCGCCGGAAUAUGCGUUCUGAUAAAGAACGAGCCGGAGAAGAAGGGAGACCGUUACGAGGCGAUCUACAGCUUCUACUUCGGAGACUACGGCCACAUCGCCGUGCAGGGGCCGUACCUCACGUACGAGGACACGUGUCUGGCGGUGACAGGUGGAUCUGGAAUAUUCGAGGGGGCGUACGGACAGGUGAAGCUGCAGCAGAUUAUCUUCCCUUUCAAGCUGUUCUACACUUUCUACUUGAAGGGGAUACCUGACCUUCCGUCGGAGCUUCUGGGAGAGCCCGUGCCGCCGUCUCCGGCGGUGGAGCCGUCGCCUGCGGCAAAGGCGUGUGAGCCCGGAGCCACACUCGCGAAUUUUACCGAUUAGGAAAAAUUGAAUUUAAUUUGGUUGUGGGGGAAAGAGUUAGAUGAUGAUACGCACUCUACCUCUUUUGGUUGUGUAAUAAAAGUUUUUUGUGGGGGUUGAUAGUGAUGACUUGUGAUAAUAACUAAUUAAUAGGGAAAUUUUCACAUCACCCCUAUAAAUUUCUAAUGUUUGCGCUUUAACCCCUACAUUGUUUUAAAAGUGAAUGUUCCCCUUCAAAAUGUUAUUAUUGUUUGCACAU